AUGUGGCGGCAUCGGGCUGCAUCCACCGUCGCCGUGGGUGCCACACGCCGCGCAUCUCUGUUUUGUGGCGUUGGAGACGCCGCCGGCGGUCGACUUGUUCAUUGUGGAGAAACAUUUAGGGAGGGAGCAGCCGCUGCUGCUUUUCGGUUCUUUGCACCCACCUUGUGUGUGGCACGGCGUGGCGUGAAGUUGUCGAACCCGAGCGGCAAACAGGGGAGUCAACACUACGGUGUCGAACCAAAGAUGGAGGCAGGCAAGGACGUACAACUGAAACACACCGAGAUGUACGACGGGUACACAGAUGACUUUGGUGUGUUUAAGGAGGGCCCCCCCACGACGUUGCGACUGGAAUAUGUGCGCUCUCCGGAACAUGGCUACUCGCAGCAGUUGCUCCAAAAAGACAUUUGGUCACCGUUCCAAGUCAAUGCCAACAUGAUGAUUUACACGCCGUUGUACUAUGACUGGAAAGGGUUUGCGAGUCGCGAUUACUGGGGUCAUCGCAGCGGAACGAAUCCGGGCAGCAAAACUUUAUUGGGUCACUAUCGACGGGUAGAAGAGAGAUCGUGGGGGUACCGCGUCAUGGUGAACCACAAACCACAGAAGCGUGUUCCUAAGUGGCUGGCGUGUGUACUUCAUCUGCCGCGUAAAAAAACCUUUGUAGGAUUCUUCUUGUACGCUAAUGGAGCCUAUGUGGCGGAGCUUCUCACGUACAAGCAGUUACCACGCAUAUGCUACAACAAGCCUUUUCAAGGGUGCAUGCCAACAAUUGGGCAGACGGUGACGUUGAGUGAAGUGACGUAUGGUAAGGAAUUACACUCCGUAGAGAUGUAUCCGGGCCACGGUGGGGUUAUUUGCCGUGCAAGUGGUACGGCGGCGGUGGUGUUGCGCGGUGCUGAGCCAAACCUUGUCCCGCUUUUGCUGCCCUCGAAGGAGGUGCGUCUCUUUGAUAAUGAGUGUCACGCGGUAUUUGGACGGCGGGCGGGGGUGAUGUACCGCUAUCAACGCAACUUUGGUAAACGCAACGUCGAGGAAAACAUGCCACAUCGACCAAAGGUGCAUUCCAAGACAAAGCGCGUCUCGAGUCACCCUGCCGGGGGUGGCAAUGGGGGGUCGGCAAAUCUGCUCGUCCCACUUGACUGGCGUGUUCAUCCACGCAAUUGCGUCAAGACGAAGUACUGGCUCUCCGGUUACAUUCUACGCGGGCGGCAGUACAACAAGAGUCAAACUGUGGCAGAUAUCAAAUCCAAAACAUACAGCUGGGCGAACCGCGAUCCCGUCUAUCGCUAG